CCGCAGCAGAGGACCUGGCCGAGGGUCGGCCACGCAGGACGAACCUCCUGAACAAGACCUGGGGCUGACACGACAGCAUUGCACAGCUGAUCUGCCCAGCCUUUCAGCUGUGCUUCGGUUGGAGCCCUGACUAUGGCGGCCAUUCUUCUGAGGGCAAAGCCCAAGGUGACAGUAUCUUUUGAGGAUGUGUCUGUGUACUUUACAAAGACAGAAUGGAAGCUUCUGGAUCUCAAACAGAGGAACCUCUACAAGCAGGUGAUGCUGGAAAACUAUAGUCAUUUGGUGUCAGUGGGAUUUGCUUUCUCCAAGCCUAACCUGGUAUCCCAGCUGGAGAAAGGGGAGAAGCCCUGGAUUAGGGAUGGUGGAAUGGAGAGUGCAGCAGGAUCCUGUGCUGGAAAUAGGAUAAAGAGCAAGACUCUGACUCCAAAACCGAAACUUUUCGGAAGAGGUCUCCUCAGAGACACCUCGGGAUCCUCAUUACAGAAACGUCCUCAUGAUUUCAGGCCAAAUCCCAUUGUAAGGUAUCAACACUCCAGAAUCGCGGAUAAGCGGUAUCUAUGUCAGCAGUGCGGAAAAUCCUUCAGCCGCAGCUCCAAUCUCAUCAAACACCGGAUCAUCCAUAGCGGUGAGAAACCGUAUGAAUGCAGCGAGUGUGGGAAGCUGUUCCGGCGCAGCUUGGCGCUGCUGGAACAUCAGCGCAUCCACAGCGGCGACAAGCCUUAUGAAUGUGGUGAGUGUGGCAAAACCUUCACGCGCAGCUCCAACCUUGUCAAGCACCAGAUCAUCCACAGCAGUGAGAUGCCGUUCAUGUGCCGCGUGUGCGGCAAGGUGUUCCGGCGCAGCUUCGCGCUGCUUGAGCAUGCGCGCAUCCACAGCGGCGAGCGGCCCUACGAGUGCUCUGAGUGCGGCAAGGCAUUCAGCAGAAGCUCCAACCUCAUAGAGCAUCAGCGCACCCACAGUGGCCGGAAGCCCUACAUCUGCCAGGAGUGCGGGAAGGCCUUCAAGGGCAUCUCGCAGCUCAUCCACCACCAGCGCAGUCACCGUGGUGACCGGCCCUUUGCGUGCGGCGAGUGCGGCAAGGCCUUCCGAGGCCACUCAGGGCUCAGCCAACACCAGCGGGUCCAUAGCGGCGAGAAGCCCUAUGAGUGCAGCGAAUGCGGCCGGGCCUUUGGUCGCCGGGCCAACCUUUUCAAGCACCAGGUGGUGCAUGGAGAGGUGCGGCUCCAGCUCCGCACCCGAGGGAAGGGUUUCCGGCGCGGCUGCAUGCUCCUGGAGCGGGGUCUCCGUGGGCAGAGUCCCCAGGAGGCUGGAGAAGGUAGCUCGGCUGAGCCUCAGCCCAUCAACACCAAUGAGAAGCCCCAAGUGUGUGAGCGCUGCGGCCAGGUCUUUGAGAACAAGUUGCUGUUGUGUCGCCACUUGCGCAUCCAUGACGACGAAGAUGACAAGAAACAGAAGCCUGUUACUUCGAGCACCUCAGCUUUGGAGGAUAAGUCAAUACUCAGCCAACAUCUGGAAGCCCAGCCCACAGAGGAAAGCGACAGUGAAGGCAGUGUAGUUUUCCUGUAUGCUGAGAUGCCCCAGGGACCAUCCUCACCUUGAGGCCAGAAACAGGGCAGCAGCUCAGAAUGGCAGGAUGGCCUCUUCCCCAGUGUGAAACAGAGAAGCAAUUCAAAAUGACAGUGCCCCACUCCCCUCCAGUGUAGUGUGACCUGCUCCUUCCCUGAGGGGUCAAAAAGGAAAGCUCCCUCCCUAGUCCUUGAUGAUACAAUUGAUGCCUAGAGAUUGUACAGGAAGGCUCCUCAAGGGGCCCUAGGCAGGGUUCUCCUCCUGUGUGUGUGUGUGUGUGUGUGUGUGUGUGUGUGUGUGUGUGUGUGUGUGUGAGAGAGAGAGAGAGAGAGAGAG